AUGUUGUGGAAUUGCUUUGAUUUAUUUAUUAUUAUCGUCAGUAUUGUUGAUUUAAUUACUCAACAAGUUACACACGAUAACACACAUUCAUCGUUGCAAAUCGAUCAUAAUCAACAAAUACAAUCCCAAUUCGAACGAAUCAAUCAUUUUCUGAAAAUUCUUCGUGUACUACGAGUUCUACGAAGCUUUCGAGCACUCCGUGUACUGCGUACAAUUCGUUUUAUCCAAUCACUUCAUACAAUUGUCAAAACAUGUUCGAAAGUACUGCUUCCAAUGGCUAGUAUCACGUUUAUUAUGGUCAUUCUCACAUGUAUAUCAGCAAUACUAGCACGUAGUCUAUUCAGUGAGAUUUGUCCGCAAAAGUUCGAUAAUCUUGUGAAGACAAUCUUUUCAUUGUUUACACUAUUAACACUCGAUGAUUGGUAUUCGAUCUAUCAAGUCUGCGAACAACAGGAAUAUUCCAGUUUUCAAUUAGGUUUCUGUCUGAUUUAUAUCUUUAUUAUUAAUUUCAUUCUGCUCAAUCUUCUGAUGGCUGUACUCGUGGAUAAUUUCCAACAUACACUUGACUAUGACACCAGAAAAAAUGAACAAUUAGCGAAAGAACAUGAUGUGGAGGAACGAAUUGUGAAUAAUUUGACCAGAUUGAAUUUAGAAUAUGGUGUUCGUAAAAAUGAUCUGAUCUGGGAAGCAGAAAUGAAAGAAAUUCAAAAACUAAUCAAAGAGUAUUAUAUGCUUAUGGAAAGCUUAGAAAUUCAUAUGGAAAGACAUGAACAAUUGACCAAAUUAGUUCAAAAGUCAAUUCAAUUGACAUUGUUGGAUCAGGAUAAUCGGAAGAUGAAUUUGAAAAAAUAA